UACAACAGAUAUGUUGAAGAUUCUAACUGGGGGAAAAGAGUCGUAUGUAAGUGACAGAGAGAUGGCUAGUGCUGCUUUAACUAUUCUCAUUGCAAAAUUUAAGUAUUACUUUUUGCAAAUCUUCCCAAGUGUGUAUGCUCGUGAUAAAGCAACAAUGAUAUAUUUCUUAGCAAACCUUUAUUCUCUGCAAGUCUGCUUAAUGCAGAUGAAAUCCAAUGGUGCUGCUGCAAUCAAAAUCAGAAACUUCGCACUCAAAGCUGUAAAUGACAUUGAAAUACAGCUAAGCAACUUUUGUCUAGAGCGUGUAAGAAAAGCUUCCCAGAUACUCCAUCAAACCUUGCAAGAAGCUGCUGAAAUUGCAGCAAAGUUGUUGAAAAUUAUCCACAAAGAACAGCAUGAGAGAAAGAGGGUGAUGACUUGUGGAAUCAAAUCCACUUUAUUGGAACAUUCUUCUAUGCAAGUCUUUCUGAGAUUAAAUACUUUCAUGACAAAACUUUAUUAUGACUUUUUGCAUUCCACCCCUAUAGUGCCUCUUGACGAUGAAGCAGCAAUGAUAUCUUUCUUCCAAAACCUUUCUUCUUUGCAAGACUACUUGCUACAGAAGGAGUCUAGUGGUGGUGGUGGUGCUACAAUCAAUGAUUUGGAAACCAAAAUCAGAUACUUUGUAAGCAAGGUAGGGGAUGACGUUGAAACACAAGUAAAAAAUUUAGUUCAGGCCAAACACGACACUGAAUAUCAAGAACAAGCUUCCCAGCUAAAUCAAACCUUGCAAGAGGCAGCUGAAACUGUAGCAGAGUUGUUAAUGAGUAUCAACAGUGAAAAAGAGUGUAAAACUGAGGUAGAGAUGGCUUGUGGUGCUUUAAGUAGCCUCAUGGGAACAAUUGAAGAGUUUCUAUAUGCUGAAGUAGAAACGGAAUCUUUCCUGAAGUCUCCUCAUGAUAAAGCUGGAAUCAAAUCUAAUUUAUUGGGAAAGCUCUUUUCUUUGCAAGUCUUUCUGCAGAAGGAAUCAAAUGGUGGAGGUGCUACAAUGAAAUAUUUGGAAACUAAAAUCAAAGACUUUACACUCAAAGCUAAAGAUGACAUCAAAAUACAACUAUACAAUUUUCUUCAGGCCAAAGACACAGAGUAUGAAGAAAAAGUUUCCCAGGAACUCCAUCACACCAUGCAAGAAGCAGCAGAAAGCGCAACAGAGUUGUUGAAGAUAAUCAGUAGAUGCAAUGAAGUUGAUGACGCAAAUGAAACUCAACCUUCAAAUACUUGGUUAAAACAUGCCUCCAGGUCUACGAAUGUUGAGUUUGAUGGAUCCUCGCGUGGCCUUCUAAUGCCUGGGGGCAGAAUGGUUGGUCGUCACCAUGAUUGUACAGUGAUAAAGGACCAACUAUUUAGUUCUGAAGAACUAAAGGUAAUCUCAAUUGUUGGAAUGGUGGGUAUUGGAAAGACGACUGUAGCAAAAAAUGUCUAUGAAGAUCCAUCAGUUGCAUCGCAUUUUGAUGUAAGAGGUUGGGUUACUAUACCUCAAGACUACGAUAAGAGCCGAAUGCUAAGCGACCUUCUUCAGUCAAUUACGCCAGCAGAGCGAAAUGUAAUUAACAAGAGAGGCACUCCAGAUGAACUAGAAAUGCAGGUACGUGAAUGCUUACGUCGUUGGAGGUAUUUAAUUGUUUUGGACAACGUUUUGAGCAAUCAAACUUGGACUGACAUCAUACAGUGCCUUCCUGAUUACUGCCGUGGAAGUUGCAUAUUACUAACCACUAGUCACCUCAACCGAUAUAACUACCAAAACAAGUAUAUCCAUAAUAUGACUUUGCUAAAUCCAAAAGAAAGCUGGGAACUAUUUUGUAAUAUCCUUUCUAUUGAAGAGCACUUGGCCCCUAAGUUUGAAAAAAUUAGGAACCGUGUUGUGGAGAAAUGUGAUGGAUUACCUCAAUUAAUUGUUGAAGUUGCAAAGCGUUUAUCUAAAUGCAACAACAUACAACAAGGGUGGAAAAAGAUUGAAAAGGAAUUAGAGUCAUUGGGACUUCUAGAUCGCAAUGCACUUAGUGUUAGUUACAAUAUGUUGCCACAUCAUGUGAAAGUUUGCUUUCUAUAUUUUGGAGUCUUCCCAAAACGUAAAAGAAUUCUAGUUAAAAUGCUUAUAAGGUUGUGGAUUGCUGAGGGAUUUGUGGAGCCAUUGAAACAUGAGUUAGAAGAUCAAGCUUAUGAGUACUUACAAGAGCUUAUUGAUAGAAGCCUUCUCUUAAUUGAAGAUCGAAGUUGUAACGGCAAAAUAAAGACUUGUAGAGCGCACAGUGCCUUACAUAGCUUCUGCGUAGGAGAAGCUCAAAGAGGAGUGCUGCAGUUUCCCUUAUCACUUCUGCCAAACGAAUUCAAGAAGAGCAACAAGAUUGUGGAAACGAUAUUUUAGAGGUCAAAAUCCCGGGCAUUGUAUAUGAUGAAUCACAGAGUACAAAUACACAAGUGUCUGCAGAAGAAGACUUAGCCAGCCUACCUCACCCUCUUGGAGUGAAUUACUGGUAAUGUACUGUUGUUACAAAUGAUACAUGGACUCCUGCUUUCAAAUCCUGUAGUCUGUUUUCAGGUGAUGUUCUUUUUUUAUCCAUAUCAUUUUAUUUUAUGCUAUUGAAUGCUUUAAACUAUAGAUGCAUUGUAUUCUUGAAAUAGCUUAGCUUCCAGAAAAAUUGUAUUCUUAAAUAAAUAUGCUUUUCCCCAACAGAGAAUGAAAUGUUGUUUAACAGAGAGAUUA